GGGAGGCGCUGUUUCUGAUAGCAACAUAACCCUCACCCUGCUUUACAUGCUGUUUUUGAACUGUAGCGACUCUGUCAAGAGACAUAGCGGCUUUUAUCGACAUUUUCAGGUUCUUUCUUUUAGUAAAUCCUUUUCAGAUGGAUUUAGAGGGUGGAUCAUACGAGCCGGGAUUUGUUGGGAUACGAUUUUGUCAAGAAUGUAAUAACAUGUUGUACCCAAAGGAAGACAAAGAGAACCGCAUCCUGCUGUAUGCGUGUAGAAACUGUGACUAUCAGCAAGAGGCUGACAACAGCUGCAUCUACGUCAACAAGAUCACCCACGAGGUUGAUGAACUGACACAAAUCAUCGCUGAUGUAGCCCAGGAUCCAACGCUGCCAAGAACAGAGGAUCACCCCUGUCCAAAAUGUGGUCACAAGGAGGCAGUGUUCUUCCAGUCUCACAGUAUGAAGGCUGAGGAUGCUAUGCGUCUGUAUUACGUCUGCACGGCCCCUCACUGCGGACACCGGUGGACAGAGUAACAGGAAGAGGUCCAUCGCUUGUAUCUAUAAUAUUGCUAACGGCAGGUUUUUAAUCCUAGCGUGUCAGCGACUCCUAAACAGUCCAAGUAUGAGCCAUGAGAUGAGACUUGCUUUUUUGAUAUAGUUGUUUUCUAAUUGACAACCACUGUUUGAACAGAAUGUGUUUAGCAGUGGUCAGUUUCAGUCGUGUCCUGUUAGAUUUGUUAGAAGAAUUGUUUUGUCUGUAUUAAAAUUUUCUUUUGAAAAGAAA